CAGUACCGUGUAACAAAAACACUUCCUCUUUACUCUCUCAACCUUGACCCCCCCUCUGUGCGAUCAUGGCCGUUCUUCCCUAAAACGGCUUCGCCACUCCUUCCUACAGCUCUUUAAACCCUUGUCUCUCUCUUUGGGGAAGCGGCAAUGUCAGACAACACAACCACCAACUUAAUAAUAAUUCCAUGGGAAUCCUUACCUGAUGAGAUUCUUACCAAUAUUUUCGUUUUCCUACCCAUCAAAUCCAUAAUCAUCUGUACCUCAGUUUCAAAAGCAUGGAAAUCACUAAUCAAAAACCCAACUUUCAUUUCCACCCAUCUCCACCACUCCCUCAACAAAAACCAAAACCUCCUCUUCAUCAGCCUCCGCUCAGAGAAUCAGAAAGAAUUUUACGCAUUGCAUAACGAAGAUGAUGCUGAUUUGACCCAACACGCCAGGUUUGAUUACCCUUUCCAUGCUCCUGAUCCCCAUAACAAAAAAUGCAUAGUGGUGGGUUCUUGUAACGGCCUGCUUUUCCUUUCCAAUUUUUUCCGCGCUGCCCCUAACAAUGGCUUCUAUCUUUGGAACCCGUGUGUUGGAAAGUUACUGAAACUUCCUUCACCCAAUGUCACCUACGCUACGCAUGGUGCGUUCCGCGGCUCUAGUGGGUUUGGAUUUGAUCCCAAAACUAAAGAUUAUAAAGUGGUCAGCGUUGUGACUUUGCUGGAAAAUUUUGACCUCGGAAAGACUCGACCCCAGGUUGAGAUUUACACACUGUCCACUGGUCAAUGGAGAAUGCUUAGGACUGGUUUGGCUCCCAUAUGCGUUUUACUUCGGAGUGGCCCACAGACAUUUAUCAACGGGGCUCUGCAUUGGGUUGCAUUUAGAGUUAGUGAUAAUAACCUUCAUAAUUUUGUUCUGGUUUUCGAUUUGGGUGAGGAGGAUUUCCAUGAGAUACUCCUGCCAGAAUUUCCAGGUCAUGUGGGUCUGAAUCGUCUGAUGUCCGGUUCUGUUUCUGUAUAUAGGAAUUCCAUUGCCUUCUUUCGACAGGAUAAUGACUUUCUCCAUAUGUGGGCGAUGAAAGAGUAUGGUGUUGUGUCCUCGUGGACUAAAGUUUUUAGAUUACCUCUAUCUAAUCUAGAUUUCUUUGGUGCAAGUGAUAGCAUACAGAGGGCACUAGGUUUUCGAAGGAAUGGUGAGGUUAUAUUAAAAUUGGAUGGAGGACGCCUCAUUUCGCUGGAUCUUGAGACUGGAGAGUUUAAGGAUCUAAGGAUUAUGGGAUAUAAGAAAACUAUUGUUGACUAUCAUGUGGAGAGUCUAGUUUUGCUCGACAAAGCCGCCAACAGUGAAGAUACAUACUGAGGAAAUAGGGAUAGAUCAGGGAAUAAGCAAAUUAUGGAUUGCUAACUAUUUCACGUAAAAGUGAAGCAACUUUCAUUUCACUUAGAGAAUCGAUGAUGGCAAUCUAGAGAAAGGGACUUCGUAGUGCCAUUGUGGUGAUGCAGAAUAAAAACUUCUUGCAAAAGCUCCUUGAAGAUGGUUGCAUAAACUGGAGAUUGGAACCUGUUUUCAAAGUUAUAAGGUUAUUAAGGAGUGAGGUUGGGAAUGUACUUAAUUAUGUAGAUAGAGAAUAUUGGAAUGGGUUGUUGAAUUAGUUUAAUGCUGUUUCAGACCAUAUUAACAUAACCUAGUAGGGGCAUAGUUUGCUGGUGAUGUUUAUGUUCUCAGACUUUGUAUUUGUGCUUUACUUGUAUCCAAAAAUAAAUAAAUUACUUUUCUAAUAUACUUCUUUAUGCAUAAAAAUAGUGUUUUGUUA